AUGCAAACGCUCGAUGCGGGCGGCCAUUGUGUCUUGGAGAUGCCGUCAGGAACCGGCAAGACGGUAUCACUGCUGUCUCUCAUUGUCGCAUACCAGCAGCACAUGCCUGAGAAGCGGAAGCUCAUAUACUGCUCCCGAACAAUGUCUGAGAUUGAAAAGGCUCUGGUUGAGUUACAAUCUCUAAUGAAGUAUCGUGCUGAGCAGCUAGGUUACGAAGAAGAGUUUCGCGGCCUUGGUUUAACUAGUCGAAAGAACUUGUGUCUUCAUCCCUCUGUCAAAAGGGAAAAGAGUGGCUCAAUUGUCGACGCUCGCUGUCGAAGUUUGACUGCAGGCUUUGUCAAAGAAAAGAAGGAUCGAGGUGAAAACGUCGAUGUUUGCACCUACCACGACAAUCUUGAUCUCCUCGAACCACAUAACCUGAUACCGAACGGUGUGUGGUCCUUUGAUGCGCUCUUGAAAUACGGUGAAGAGCAUAAGCAAUGUCCCUACUUCACUGCAAGACGCAUGAUGGAGUAUUGCAACGUCGUCAUUUUCUCCUAUCACUAUCUUUUGGAUCCGAAGAUUGCGGAGCGUGUAUCGAAAGACUUCUCCAAAGAUUGCAUAGUGGUUUUUGAUGAAGCCCACAAUAUCGAUAACGUCUGUAUCGAGUCCCUUAGCACCGAUAUCACUGAGGACUCAAUACGCAAAGCUACCCGCAGCGCUCAGCAUCUGGAGAGGAGAAUCGCUGAAAUGCGAGAGACAGACCAGGAGCAGCUCCAAAACGAAUACGAAAAGCUUGUUCAGGGGCUUCGUGAAGCUGAUGAAUCGAGACAGGAGGAUGCAUUCAUGGCAAAUCCAGCUCUACCAGAUGACCUUCUGAAGGAAGCUGUGCCUGGAAAUAUCAGGAGAGCAGAACAUUUCGUGGCAUUUUUGAAAAGAUUUCUCGAAUAUCUCAAGACGCGAAUGAAAGUUCGGCAAGUCAUUUCUGAAACGCCACCGUCGUUUCUGGCCCAUUUGAAAGAGCAUACAUUUAUCGAGAAGAAGCCAUUGCGAUUUUGUGCUGAACGGCUUACAUCACUUGUCCGUACCUUGGAGCUUACGAAUAUUGAGGACUACCAAGCACUACAAGAGGUGGCAACGUUUGCGACUCUAGUUGCAACAUAUGAAAAGGGCUUCCUGCUGAUCUUGGAGCCGUACGAAUCCGACACCGCAGAAGUUCCAAACCCUACUCUUCAUUUUACAUGUCUUGACGCGGCCAUCGCAAUCCGACCUGUGUUCGAGAGGUUCUAUUCAGUAAUCAUAACUUCUGGUACUAUCUCGCCCCUCGAAAUGUAUCCAAAAAUGCUGGACUUUUCCACAGUUAUACAGGAAUCCUAUAGCAUGACUCUGGCGCGAAGAUCUUUCCUUCCUAUGAUCGUCACUCGAGGGAGUGACCAAGCCUCAGUUUCAUCAAGUUUCCAAGUUCGAAACGAACCGAGCGUUGUUCGAAACUACGGCAAUCUCCUUACAGAAUUUGCAAGAAUUACGCCUGACGGCAUGGUCGUGUUCUUCCCAUCAUAUUUAUAUAUGGAGUCCAUCAUCAGUAUGUGGCAGGGCAUGGGUAUUCUCGACGAAGUAUGGAAGUACAAACUCAUCUUGGUGGAAACGCCUGACGCGCAAGAAACAUCACUAGCCCUGGAGACAUAUCGGACUGCUUGUUGCAAUGGACGGGGAGCAAUCUUGCUCUGCGUCGCGCGAGGGAAAGUAUCAGAAGGAAUCGAUUUUGAUCAUCAAUAUGGCCGAACUGUGCUUUGUAUUGGCGUUCCAUUCCAAUAUACGGAAUCGCGAAUCCUGAAGGCCAGACUGGAGUUUUUGCGAGAAACUUACCGGAUAAAGGAAAACGACUUCUUGUCCUUCGAUGCUAUGCGCCAUGCGGCUCAAUGUCUAGGCCGUGUUUUGCGAGGGAAAGAUGACUACGGUGUCAUGGUACUCGCCGACCGGCGAUUCCAGAAGAAGAGAACCCAAUUACCCAAAUGGAUCAACCAGGGGCUGCAAGAUGCUGAUACAAAUCUGAGCACAGACAUGGCUGUUAGCAGUGCUCGGCGGUUUUUGAAAACAAUGGCACAGCCAUUCCGAAGUAAGGAUCAGGAGGGCAUUAGUACCUGGGGUUACGAAGACCUUAUGCAACACCAACAGAAGAUUGAGGAGGAGAGAGGAGAGGAACCCCCGCCUGUUAUAUCCAAUACACGGCCAGUCCAUGGCAGCAUAGCAGCUACAUACGAGUCUGAUUAUGAAGAGCUAGAUCAGGAAAUGAUGGAACUGGAAGGCUUUUGAGGAGUUUUGUAUUAUGUAGGCUGGAUAGGGGUUGAAUACCAUAAAGUGUCCACGGUAUGCUCAUACCAACUCUAACUACUAAUUACCAUAUUUUCUAGGAGUUUUGGGAUAUUAGAAAGUCUAUAUAUUAAUCAUUUGCUAGUUGUUCAUUCCGUUGAUCCAUUCUAUCAUGUCGCAUUAUGCCGUGAAUUGUCUAAAACCUGUAUCAAUCUUCAUCCCAAGCCACUAGAUUUCCUUGGCUGGCGAAACCAGCAGCUGCUGUAAAUAAGUCCUCCCGGAAUCACCUCACUCUCAACGCGGACGCAAAAUAACAGAGCGGGGAGGGGGGGCUAUUAAAAAAAAACAAAUGUACAGUGCCAACUCGGUUGAUUUAGCUAGCAAUGGGUAUCUGGCGCCUGGAAGACUUGACAGCCCUCAUCGCAGGCAGCGUAUUCAUCCGACCAGGCCGCCUACCAAUCUCAUAGCACAGCAUGCGAAUAAAGUCCGUGUUACUCCAGUAACAACUAUGAGCGCUCAGCAUGUUAAGAUACUGAAUCUCCAACGGACCGCCGCCAGAUCGGAGAAACCAGUCGAUCUGGCCAUUGUCAUUCAGAAGAAACGCCUUCUUCUCGGCAAUUUCCUCUCUCGUGAAAUCAUGGACUUCAAGCUCCAACUGCGACGGCAGUCGAACGGUAGACGGACGGCCAUCGUCAGUCGUCGAUGAGCUGGGAUUGGCGCCCAUGCCUUUAGCAACUGUUCGCAUGGCAUCG